GUGUAGGAGACGCUUGUUGUGACGGCGCAGUGAUGAGCUCGCGGAUAGCCGUGUCUGUUGGUGAGGCUGCUUCUGUGACUGAGCCUUGUUUGUCUGACAGCGGAAGCGAGGAUGCCUGGGAGGAAGUAGAGGAGGACACGGAGGGUCCCUUGCAGGCUCGGUGUCUUUUCUGUGACAGGUUUUUCAGUUCACCUGAAGAUGUCUUUGACCACUGUUCAUUGGAUCACAGAUUCAGUAUUGAGAUGGUGGUUCAUAAACAUAGACUUGAUUUUUAUGGAUAUAUCAAGCUAGUAAACUUCAUUAGGAUGGAAAAACCAACUGUAGAGUGUCUCAUUUCAAUCAGUGCACCAGUUCCCUGGGAGGAAGAGAAGUACUUGAAGCCUGUUUUGGAAGAUGAUAUUUUACUCCAAUAUGAUAUAGAUGGUAUUGUUGACUCUGCCAGUACCUCUUGUUCCAAUGGUGUAACAGAGGCUUCAUCUCUCCUGGAGCGCUUGAAAUGUGCAGAGCACAGAGCAGAGUUGGCAGAAGCUGCAUUGGCCAGAGCCCAAGAAGAUCUUCAUAAAAUGAAACAAUUUGCACAGGAUUUUGUGAUGAAUGCAGAAGUCAGAGGUGAUUCAACAGCCAGUGCCACUGCGGAACUACAAGAGAAUGAGGAGGAUGUUUAUUUCAGCUCUUAUGGACACUACGGGAUACACGAAGAAAUGAUAAAGGAUAAAGUGCGUACCGAAAGCUAUCGUGACUUCAUAUAUCACAAUCCACACAUCUUUAGAGAUAAGAUUGUCUUAGAUGUGGGCUGUGGAACUGGAAUCCUCUCCAUGUUUGCUGCGAAAGCAGGUGCAAAGAAGGUUAUAGGAGUGGACCAGUCUGAAAUUAUUUAUCAGGCCAUGGACAUCAUUAGACUCAACAGACUUGAACAUACCAUUUCUUUAAUCAAAGGAAGAAUUGAAGAAGUUGAUUUGCCUGCUGAAAAAGUCGAUGUUAUAAUUUCUGAAUGGAUGGGAUAUUUCCUCCUUUUUGAGUCAAUGCUGGAUUCUGUGAUUUACGCGAGGAACAAGUACCUGGCAAAAGGUGGUUCAGUAUAUCCUGAUAUCUGUUCCAUAAGCCUGGUGGCUGUAGGUGACUUCAAUAAACAUGCAGACAGAUUCACUUUCUGGGAUGAUGUGUAUGGCUUCAAGAUGUCCUGUAUGAAGAAGGCUGUAAUUCCUGAAGCUGUUGUGGAGGUGUUGGAUUCAAGUACCCUUCUGUCUGAAGGCUGUGUCAUCAAGUGGAUAGACUGCCAUGUUGUAUCAGUUCCAGAACUGGAAUUUACAUCUGAAUUCACCUUGACAGUUACGAAGACUUCACUGUGUACGGCAAUUGCUGGAUAUUUUGAUAUAUACUUUGAGAAGAAUUGCAACCAGAAAGUCUUGUUCUCAACUAGUCCUUGUAGUGCCGGAACACACUGGAAACAAACACUGUUUUUUCUGGAGAAUCCAAUUCAUGUGGAAAAAGGUGAAGAACUGAAAGGAAAGAUAACUAUCCGCAAAAGCAGAAAAGAUCCACGUUCACUCAUAAUAACUCUUUCAGUUAAAGACGUGAAACAGACAUACAGUCUUCAGUGAAGAUAAUUCAGCAACCAACUUUUGAGAGAGAGACCUUCAGAACCUGCCUCGUGUUUCAGAUAAUUGUAUCUGAAUAAAAAUUGAUUAUUUGGUACAAAUUCAAAUUGGUUUUCCUGGAAAUGAGAAUGUUAGCUGUGUUCUUGGGAACCAUUAAUAAUUGUGCUCUAAACGGUAAUAUUUCAUAAAAUGAGAGAAGAAAUACCAGUAGUAGAUAAACCUCCGAUGAAACCUCAGAGUUGACUACAAGUCUCAUCUUGUGCUUAAGUACCCCCACCUCUUUGUGUAUUGGAAACAUUCAACUGAUAUUUAUUUAACCACUUAAUUAAAUCUGUAACCUUUUAUAGUUUUAAGGAUUUAGGAACACCGUCAGCCUAGAGAAAAAGCAAAUGAGGACAUGAAGGCUAUGAAUCAUUUAAAGGGAAUCACUAAUUCUAGUGGGAAAACACACGAGUUUUGGCCUUAGCCUGCCUAUAGUUGUAUAGAACUCAUUACUUCAAGUAUAUUACUCUAGGAAGUAUUUUCACAUAGAAAAGUUCAUGGGAUGAUCUGCCCUCCUACAAAAGCUGUUCCAGGAGCAGAGGGGUGGAGCAUGGCAGGCUACAGUAGAACUCCUCCCCCCCCCCCGCUCAUUUGCAUAAGUUUUUUCUCCAUUCAUGGAAGAAGAGCUCAUGCAAGAAGGGAGGAGGAGACCUCUGCCCAUCUUCCCUUGAGCUUCAG